AUGCCCUCGGACCUCGAUCUGGACCAGCUCUCUGAGAGCGAGAGAACUGCGCUAGAGAUGUACAUGGCCGUGACAAGCCAGGAACCCUCAGAAGCAAUUCUUCUACUGCGCAGGUCACAAUGGAAUGUUCAAAUAGCGAUAUCAAAAUUCUUCGACGGCGAAGGCCCCGAUCCGCUUGAAGAGGCGCGUUCAGCUCUUCAGACGCCGCCACCGCAGCCGAACCGCAUAACUCGGAAUCUGAUGACUGAAGAUCUGACUGAACAACUGUCUCGGGUUUCUCGCACACAUGCUGCAGACCCCGCCCCGCGAGUUGACACACAAUCCGGCGAUCAACCCAUUUACCGUCCGCCAUUCAUCCUCGCUUUACUCUUCACUCCGUUCAAUCUAGUCUACCGACUCCUCUGCAGCUCGUUCCGCUUGUUUGGCACGUUAUUCCCUUUCUUGCCACGCUUGUUCAAUGCGACCGCAAACCCCGCCCUGCAAGGUGCCCGCCGCAAUACCACUGGCCGCCGGACUCUGGCCCCCAAAGACACAGCCGCUCGAUUCAUCCGUGAGUUUGAAGAGGAGUAUGACUCCCAUCUCAUCCUGUUCCUGGAGAACGGAUACAACAUGGCGCUGGAGAGGGCCCACCGCGAUUUGAAGUUCCUACUGGUUGUUCUCCUGGCCCCCGAGCACGACGAUACGAAUAGCUGGGUCCGUAAUACUCUGCUGGCACCGGAAGUAUUGGAGUUCAUCAAUGACCCUCAGAACAACAUGAUAGUAUGGGGCGGUAACGUGCAGGAUUCCGAGGCCUACCAGGUAGCUAACUCGUUGCGCGUGACGAAAUUUCCCUUCGCAGCAGUCGUCGUCCACACCCCCAAUGUGUCAUCUACUGCUAUGUCAGUUGUGGGCAGAAUUGCAGGCAUCACCUCGUCAUCCGAGGUUGUGAACAAGCUCCGGACUGUUGUCACAUCCAAUCAAGAACCAAUCGAACGACUGCGAUCCUCCCGCGCCGAACAGCAAGCCUCGCGCAGUCUCCGCGAAGAGCAAGACUCCGCCUACGAGCGGUCGCUGGCGAUCGACCGGGAGCGCGCCCGUCAGCGACGGGAAGCCGAGGCAGCGCGUGAACGCCAGGAACAGGAAGCUGCCGGUCGCCAGGCGGCAGAGGAGCGGCGGCGUCGUGACCUCGCUCAGUGGAAGCUUUGGCGCGCACAGUCUCUUAGCGCAGAGCCCGGACCCGAUGUCAAGGAUGCGGUGCGGAUCAGCGUGCGGCUCCCAUCCGGUGAACGGAUCAUGCGCAAGUUCGCCCCCGAUGCGGACAUGGAAGAGCUCUAUGCAGUUGUAGAGUGUUACGAGGUCUUACAGGAUGCAGAGCAACCCAAUGCGACCGAACCCGAGGGGUUCGAGCAUCUAUACACAUUCCGAUUGGUUUCCCCAAUGCCCCGAACGGUGUACCCUGUGGAGGAAGGUGGUUCCAUUGGAGAGAAGAUCGGCCGCGGUGGGAAUCUGCUAGUAGAGCCCAUUGAGGAGGAGGAUGAUGAUGAUGACGAAGAUGGAGCAUCUGAAAUGUCCUAG